AAUUUUUGUUCACACGUUCGAAACAAAUAUCGCGCGCGCGAGCGAGCCAUUUUUCACCGCUCGUCGCACUGUACGUACAUAAGCGUGGAUGCGUAGGUGUACGCGUACGUCAUCGGGAUCAGCAGGUGCACGUGAGGUGGCCGAGGUGGCCGUCUGCUAGUCGGUGGGAAAGGUUUCGCGCUCCCUGGCUACGUUUCCCCGGGUGGCUUCGAAUAACCCCGUUCGCGAGUUAUGUUAGAUAGAUCGGACACAUUAUGUUCACGGUAUUCCGCAUACUAUUGAUACUGAUUCACUUCUCAUGUGACUUGUACCACGCGAUUCACAAUUGCUGCGCGAACCUGCACCGCAAGUGCAUGGAAGUUUGGUGUGGCGACGAUGACGGUAAUUCGAGGAGGACAGAGGUUGAGAUAAUAAAAUGUGCCAACGGGCUGAGGAAAUUGCCCAAGCAUUUAGUGGUAAUCUUCGGUACCAAGGAGGACACUGUGUUUGACUGUGUGAAAAUAAUCGGAUGGUGCGUCGCGCUCGGUGUUCCCUACAUCAGUUUCUUUGACAUCACCGGGUACCUGGUCCGAAACGAAAGUUUGUUGAAAUACGAACUGGCGAAGAGAAAGGGUGACGAUCUGUUAGAACGCAUCGUUUGGACGAAGCCCAACGCAGGAUACACGGAAAAUGGAAUAACUGGUCCCAAGUCAAAGAUUCGCGUCUCUCUGCUGUCUCCGCUGGACGGGAAAAGUGAGAUAGUGUCGUUGACGAGAACGCUGGCAGAGGCGGUCCUCACCGGGACGAUAAAACCUGAAGAGAUAGAUAUAGAUUUGCUCGAUGAGAAGUUGAACUCGAGGGGAGUUCCAGAUCCUGAUUUAGGAUUAAUUUAUGGUCGCGUUAACUCCACUUACGGCGUUCUGCCCUGGCAAACGCGAGUAACAGAAUUCUUCACGUUACCUCUGUCUCACAGUCGUCUGUCGGCCAACGAUUUCGUCUACGUGCUGGAGAAGUACAGUAAAUGCCAACAGAGACACGGGAAAUAGCUGGAAUUGUACAUAAACAGUUUGAUAUUCGAGGAAAUAAAAGAAGAGAUAGUUUUUAAGAAAACAGCUAGUUUUUAUAAAGACUGAACUUGAAACGAUUUACAGAUGAUAUUUUAUAAGUGGUUGCGUGCUAAAUAAAACUGAUCGUGUGAGCGUCGUUCCACGUUACCGACCACCGAGGAAUUUAAGUAGCUCAAGUCGAACGGGACACGUUUCACGGAACAUUGCGAAACUGAAACUUUCGUUUUAAUCUCUCUGCCAUUAGAUGUCUAGAAAACGAAACGGUUCCACGCGAGUCUUCUUCACCUGCUUCUCCGUUCGAUCGCGCGAACGAUGACACGGUUUUAAACGUUCAUUCAUUCACGCGAGUACAAAAGUACAAGUGGAAACAAGUGUACGAGUAAUUUCGGUCAGUCUGAUCGUUUCAUUUUCAACACGUUUCGUAACAUUCCGUGUGCACAUGUUUGUACAUUUAUAAAACUAUUGUACAGGGAACUGAUUCUGAUUCUCGACGACGAUGGGGCUCAGGAUCAAGUUCGUCUUACACGACGACUCGCCUAUCGUGGGAUCUACGAUUCUUGGAAUAUAAAAUACAGUUCGUUUUUGCACAAAA